GGAACCUUUUAUGCCUGUCAUUUGAUUUUUCUUCACGGAACCGUUUCAAGGGUGUACCACUGGCCUGACGCAUCCUGACGGAGGUCAUUUCGGCUGUUUACGGUUAAAUAAGCAGAACGUCAACAUGGUGAAGAAGAAGCGUGUCCGCCUGAUCGCCGAGAUGGCACGGAAGAUUCGCGCCUACAGAGAACUGAAGAACCGGCCUACAGAAUCCCAGCGGUACGCCCUCGACUACGACACCAUGACACGGCCGUUCACUGGCAAACGGCUGCCGGUCCUGGCGUGGGAAGACGUGCGGCGUGAAAGUCGUCUCUUCUCUCUGCUGUCCAGCAUGCGGAUGUUUGGUGUGGGCAGGUUGUUCACGCGCAAGUCGUGGCUGGAGGAGCACACUGAGCCGAGUUAUUGGAAGAUCACCAAAGUAAAAGUGGAUUACACUGCAGAGAGUAUGGACCAUGGGAAAGCAUGGGGACUCCUGACACACAAAGGAAAACCAGAGGAGAAGGAGCGCGAGAUAGAGAACGUCAUGUAUCACGACUGGCGGCUGGUUCCCAAGCACGAAGAGGCCAAGUUCACAUACUUCGAGGCGCGGCCGGAGCCCCCCAUCCGCUCGGUCAUCUACCCGCCCCUGCUGAGGGCCAUGAUCCUGGCACAGAGGGCCAAGGAAGGCCUCUCCACCACAGAGGAGCCCAUGCUGCCCCUACACAGAGACGUGCUGCUCAACAAGGAGUACUUCCGCCAGCAGGACAUGGAGAGGCAGAAGCAGAGGCAGAGGCAGGCCGAGGAAGGGACGCCAGUAUGAGUCUCAUGGCCCAUGUGCAAGACAGACAUGGCCAACCUGGAUUUAUUAGUUAUAAUCUAAUGCCACAAAUUCUAAACGACCUGGUGUUACCUGUCCGAUUUCAACCAGGUGAUUGCCUGUUUGAAUGAUCACCCCGUUGAAUUUGGCAUUGAAGUAAUUUGGAGUACAUGGCACUGGAUUAUAAAUAAUGAACCCGGGUUGCCCAUCACCUCGUGCAAGCCAGUGGGGUGCAGGGAGAUGGAGAGAGAUGAGGGACUGUGGCUGCCUUGUAAUACCAAACACUCUGGAAGUGGACACAGUUGAAACCACUCGCUGUGAAGGACUGAAAUAUUGCUACAGGUAAUAAUGAUGAUGAGUGGUCCUAUAUACGUGGAACUUGUGAGUCGUGACUGUCUUGACUGACUCAUUUCUCAUGCCCUCGUAUCCCCCUUUCUUUUGAUGUUGUAUUGUGAGAUUGUAAAUAAACUUAAGUUGGUGUCCAAUA